AUAAGUCACGGAAAACCAAAUCAUGCCAAAAUAAGGAAUCCACAAACAGUUUGGGGGAAUUAACAGUGGAUGGUACGUCGGGCCAGUGUAGGCGUGCUAACCUGGCGAUGGGCUAAGGUUUAGAAUUAGUAAGGGAUUAACAAUGGAAAAGUUGUGUUGUUGAACAGGUUGGGAAAGUGUUGGCCAAAAGAAAAAGAAAAAAGUUGUAGGGCUUUUCCUCCUUGCACGGAUGCGGUUUCUGGAAUCGACAACAUGUAAGUUUUGAUAAAAGAGCAGCACUCAGCUACGUAGCCUACUCACUGAGAGGGUUUUCACUUGAUAUAACCUCGUCACGGUACAGUUUGAAAUUUUGCCAACAAUUCCUUCUUUUUUUUUUCAAAAAGAGUGAUUGUUUUUGUUGGUUUUCGUGCCGUUAGGCUUCUGGAGGGUAAAUGGACUACAACUCCAAAAGGGGAUUGGAUCUGUAGGCUAAUAUCCGUGGAGUUAAAAUGUGUGUGUGAAACCUAACAAAAGACAUGAACAAUGGCAGAAAGAGAGAGGAAGAAUGCGGCUGUGUAUCGCAGCGUCUCUUUUAAAAAGUUGGGGUCCUGGAGCGCCAACAGGAGUGAAGACCAACAACACAAAUCAGAGGAUUCGGAGGCAGCUGGCGUCGCCCUCCCCCCGGAGCCCAGCAAAGCAGAACAGCCCUUUGCGACGCGUAAUGUCAGCGUGUCAAGAAAAGUUUCCAAAAUCUCUGCCACUACUACCACUGCCGGCCUCCCGACCGCAGAUCCAAAGAAAGCCUCCUCCACUCCUCUCUCCUCUAUUUCUCCAUCCAUCCGGCAGCUCACUGAGAAGUUUAGCAGCAGCGGCUCCGCCGGCUCGCACGGAGCCUCCCCGGGAGACGACACAGCAGUGACGCGGGAGAGCAACACCCUUCCCCGGGCCAAGGGCUCCAGGAGAGUCGGUUCUCCGUCUCGUAAAUCUUCUCACGAGGACAGCGGAGGUGGAUAUUUCCAGGACAGUGAUACAACGACGGCGGAGUCGCCGACAGACAAAUUGCAGAAGUUUUACUCUGACACAGACUCCGUGUCGGGCUCUGAAUCAGAGAAGAAAAGCAGGCAGCGGAUUUUUACACGUUUAUCAACCGACAGCAACUCUGGUAAGAGAGAGUAUUCUCAAAUCAAUGCAUGUCACCCUGAUUCCAGAAAGACUUUGACUACAGAUGAGGGAGAGGAUGUUACUAAUAGAGGGGCUCCUCCACCUUGUAAAUCUCACAGAAGUUAUCUCUCUACACACCACAGUGACUUUAUUCCCCUGCACUCAGAAAAGUGGCCCAGUGUCACAAAAAUUAGACAACUUUUUGAUGAGAUACAAGGCCAAGCUUCACAGCAGCACCAUGCUGACUCUUAUGAGAAUUUAAAAUCGGCUGUCAGAGGACAUUUGCACGAGUUCAGCCGCAGUAAAAGUGCUCCUCUUUCGGAUAGAAGUGACAAGGUCUCGCCUUGCAGCUCUGCUAAUGAAGCCAGUAGCCUGCCUGUGCAUGGCAAAUGCAAUGUUGAAGCACAAAGGAAAGAAAGCACAGCUUAUUAUAGUAUGGACUGUUAUUCCAAAACUGACCACCAGCAGUACUCAGCUGAUGAAGAGGCAGACUUAGAAUCACAAAGUUCUAAUAACAAACACGUUUCUGGCAGAAACCCUUUUCACAGCAGCGGCAGUAGCAGUCUCAGUUGCGCUGGGGGUAGUCACUACCAGAGGAUUAACCCAUCUCCAUUCAGAUCUCAUAGUCCCGGCACUGAGGCAGAGGCUGCCCCCCAGACCCUUAGGACGACAGGGUUGACAUCUGACCCCAGCCCUGACCUUCAACCCCCUGCUGCUUCGUCUUGGAGUCGAUCCAAGAGCUUGGACACCUCCUCCUGCUCCUUCUCUCUUCAGCGGCCGACAGUGAGGGAGAGAAGGGAUAGACAGGGGGUCGGGCUGCCCAGGGAUAGUUUACAUUCCUCACAUAGCUCCUCUAGAGCGCCAGCCCCCACCUCCUCCCUCUCCUCUGCUCCGGCUCCAGAUAAAGCCAUUACCUCCUCCUCCUCCUCCUCGACUGUAGCUCCCUCCACCAAGCUAAGAGCCCUAGCAAGAGUUGCCUCUCCCCUAAGCUAUCACUGGAGGUUCAGCUCUGGAGACGAAGAGGAGGAGCACACCAGGAGAAGAAGAAGAGGUGAAGGAGGCAAUUGGAUCUUUCCUUCUUGCCCUGCUCCUUCCAUCUCCUACAGAGCAGGAGAAAGGGGUGCCACUGAGCGUGGAGGUAGCUUUUUAUCCCGCAGUAAAAAUGGCUGGUGGGGUGCUAAAGGCAGGUCUUCAGGCAGUGAGGAGGACAGCCCUGGUUGUUUAGGUCUGCACAGUCGAGAGGCAGUGCGCCGCCGCUCGCUGAGAAAGAAAAAGAAAGUCAGCGGAGCUGCUCUUGCAACAGGCCAUGAUGAUUAUGAUGAUCAAGAUGGCGAAACAGAAGACAGCGACAGUGACACAGCCUUGACAAUGGAGCACUUAGAGAGGCACCCCCAGCAAAACGCAGGAGGAGAAUUUGCAAGAACAGUAUCUCAGAGCCACUUGGCAAGAGCACCCAGUUGUCACAGUAACAGAGCCAGGGUGCAGCAAUGGGAGCGCAUCUCCUCACCUGUGACAUCCACAACACUUACUGGUGUAUCACGAGUGUCAAAGAUCAAUAUCCCCCCAUUUGUUUCCAGUCCUGGUGGUUCACGUUGCAGCAGUCGGUACUCCAGCACUGAGACGCUUAAAGAGGAGGACCAGGCUGGCGGUGCCAACCGUGCAGCAAAUAUGUUAUAUAACACAAGAAGAGCAGGAGGCAACACUAGCAGAACUGCAUCCUCGUCCAUGCUGAGUAAAACUUACCAUGGGAAUUUUACCAUGUACCGUUCCCCAAGUUUUGGCCAUGGGGAUAACUUCUCCCAUACCCCUGUGUGUGUGCGCCCCAAGAUUCUGCCCACAGUCACCCCCUUAUCUAGCGUACCUGCCAGAGAAGGCCAGGUAUCUGCAAGAGUUGAGGGUGGUAAGACCACAGCAUUAAGUAGGACUGCAGGUGGGGAUGGGGUGGAUGAUAAUGAUAAAAAAAAAAAAUCCAUGUCCAACCCUGAUAUCACCUCAGAAACUAUGUCCCUCUUAAGCUUUCUUAAAUCUGACCUGUCAGAGCUUAAGGUGCGGAAAACUAAUGGAGACAAAUCCGGGUUCAUGGAGGGGACACCGGUGUACAGGAUGGGCUCACAGGCUCAGGGCGGUACCCUGCUACCUUCUGGUCGUCGCCCGUCACUGAAAGACUUGACUGCCACCCUGAGGCGUGCAAAAUCCUUCACUUAUUCAGACAAACCCACAACAGCAGUGAGGUGUUACUUGACAGGUGGCGCCACGAAAAGGAGCUCCUCUGAGCAGCAGCUUGACUUGGAUGGAGAGGGGGAUAGAGGAAGAGUGUCAGAUAGGGAAGUAGAAAGUGAUGGGGGGGAUUUGAGGGUUAGGAGAGGACAAAGAAUGAGGGAUUAUGGAUUUGAGGAUGAGGAAAGGAUGCCAACUCCAUUGCAGGAGAGGUAUGUGCAGGAAGCCAGACAGGUCAUUCGAGAUAUCUGCCAGAUGAGUACUAGAGAAGAUGAUGACGUAGAUGUAAGGAGAACUCACGAUUAUUUGGAGGAUAAUGGUUUCCAGCUCAAUAAAACAAAUGAGGAGAAAGCAGGAGUGAGCAUUCAGGAUCAGGCUAGGACAGACCAAGAGGCUGAGUUUAAGAACUCAAAAGACACGGAUAAACAUGAGAGAGAGAACAGGGAGAGGGAGAGGAGUGAGAGGGAAGGACAAAGUAUGCAGUUGGAGAAGCUAAACAGCAGGGGCACAGAGUACAGGGAGAAGGCAAAGAGACAGAGCAGAGAGACGGAGAUAGUCUUACUGAAGGGCAACUCGGAGGAAAGCAUGUUCUACGACCGCUCUGUGGAUGAACUUUCUGGCCACGAGUCUAGUUUAACAGAUGAAGGGAUUGUAACCGAGCCAGAGACAAGCGCCAGUGACCCCUCUGAGAGGUCAUUCCUGGGGUCAGCAGGGGUUAAUUUGAGUUCACAAAUUGCUAGGGAUGUGCUUGGGCAGCCCGUCACCAUAUGGAAUCAAUCGGCUCUGCAUGAGGCGGAGGGGUUCAAGAAGGAGAGAGAAGAGAUGACGGAGAACAGCCUGAAUUGUACAAAUCGUCUGAAUGAAGUCGGCGCGCCUCCCUCCUUGCCUCGUCGUGCCCGUAUGGCUGAGAGUGACAGUAUUAUCAUGGAGCUGAGCAGCACUGCUGGUAUUCACAAUGUGAACACCAGCAGUGAAGAGAUCAACACCAACAGCGCUGUGUUGCUGAGGUCAACAGGCACCGCAGGAGGAGGAAGACUUGAAGCCCCUGCAACACCAAGUUCUGUCCGUCGAAGGCGCAAGUUUUCCCCUUCUGGUAAUAACAACACAGGCUCCGAUUCCAGUAACGGCAGUAAUUCAGAGUCAGCAAUAGCAGCUGUUGGAAAUGGGGAGUCCACGGUCUACCGGUCGCUCAGUGACCCCAUGCCUCAGCGGCGCUGUUCUGUGGCAGAAGAAGGGAAUAACAACAAUUUUUCCUCUGUAGACAGCAACUUGUUAGGAUCCCUAUCUGUCAAAGGAGGAGGAGGUGCUCCAGACAACUCUGAUGUGGCCAUUCUUUCAGAAUAUAAGGGCAGCGUGGCCAGCGACUUGUCAGUUUGCAGCGAUGGCGGCCUCCGGGAUGAUGCUGUUCGUGACUACAGUGGCGUUAUAAGGAGCAUCGUAGCUGAGCCAGGUGCAAUGGACAGACUGAUGACAGAUGACCAUGGCAAUGGCAAAGCUCCCAAGAAGAAGUCAUUCAGUGACCCCAGUCGCCGUAGCGACGCCUCUUUUCUUUCCCAGAAUGACCCUGAAUUCAGAGGUCAGAUUGGCAGUACUCAUCAUCCAAUCAGUGAGCUUGAGCAACCUGGUCCGAUUCCACCUUCCAGCAGUGAGCCGAUUCUAAACGAGCAGAGGGAGGAACUCUGGGAGCCAGAAGUGAAGCCUAAACACUCAUUGCCGACACAGUCGAACGUAAAAAAUGUCAAGAAAGCUCGUUCCCAGUCAGAAUGCACAACCCACUCUGAUAACCAUGAUGCAGAAGAUGAUGAUUUAAUAGACCAAAGUGAAGAAGAGACAGAUGUGCAGAAGUUUAACUUUAACCUCAAGCUGGCAGAGGUUCUGUCCCCUAGAAUGAUCCGUCGGCCAACCAGAAAGCGACCAAACAGGCUGGCUCAGUUUUUCCCUCAUGAGGACCCAUUUGAGCCCCCAGAACUGGGUUCAGAGGAGCAGGAGGAUCACAGUAUCCAAAGCAACCUCACCCCUUCCCUUCCCCCACUGCAAUCCAAACCCAAAACCAGACCCAAGCAUGUCCGCCAUGCAAGCGAACCCGCCACCUUUAUCCCCAUCUCCCCACCUCCACAACUGCAGCCACUGAAGGAAGUGGACUGCCUUGCCGUCCGACCCGCCGCAGAGCCUUCAACCUCAAGCAAGCCCCCAGGAGACGAGGCUCCAUCUCUGGAGCAUGUGACCCAGAAAUAUAUUCUGGAACUAAGUACUGCCGAGGGCCCAGGGCCUCUACCAGUGGCCCGGGAUGAAGCAGAAGGUUCAGUGUCGGCAUGUGAGGGGCCCAGCGAGACCAGCACCAGUGGAAUUACAGACGCUGGACCAAAGAAGAAGAGCACAGAGGACACUGCAUCCACAGCUACUCCACAGAGGACCAAGCCCAAAGUGGAUAUGAGAAAACAUGUGAUGAUGACCCUCUUGGACACAGAGCAGUCAUAUGUGGAGUCACUACGCAGUCUCAUUCAGGGCUACAUGCGUCCUCUCAAACAGCAGGACAGCGGCUCCAUAGUGGACCCUCUGCUGGUGGACGAGAUGUUUUACCAGAUCCCCGAGAUCCUGGAGCACCACGAGCACUUCCUGGAGCAAGUCGCCGGUUGCGUCAGCCAAUGGCACGAUAGGCAGACCGUCGGAAACAUCCUUAUUCAAUCCUUCUCCAAAGAGACUCUAGCCAAUAUGUAUUCAGCGUACAUCGACAACUUUCUCAACGCCAGAGAUGCUGUGAGGGUUGCCAAGGAGGCCAAACCAGCGUUUCACAAGUUCCUGGAGCAAAACAUGCGUGAGAACAAGGAGAAACAGGCUCUGGGCGAUCUGAUGAUUAAACCAGUCCAGAGGAUUCCUCGAUACGAGCUGCUCGUCAAGGACCUUCUCAAGCACACCGCGGAGGAUCACCCAGAUCACCCAUACUUACUGGACGCACAGAGGGACAUCAAGCGGCUGGCUGAGAAGAUUAACAAGGGCCGUCGCUCCGCUGAAGAGGCAGAGAGGGAGGCCAGGGUCAUCCAGGAGAUUGAGGCGCACAUUGAGGGAGUUGAACAUAUUCUGAACCCCCAGAGGAAGUUCUUGAGACAGGAAAUGGUCAUGGAGGCGAAGACAGUUGGUGGGAAGAAGGACCGUUCUCUCUUUCUCUUCAGUGACCUAAUCAUCUGCACCACUCUCAAGAGGAAGUCUGGCUCGCUAAGACGCAGCUCCAUGAGCCUAUACUCUGCUGCGAGUGUGAUUGACACUUCCAGUAAAUACAAGUUCCUGUGGAAGCUUCCCCUGGAGGACUUGGAGGUGGUGAAAAGCCCCACUCAGGCAACAAACAAGGAGAGCAUCCAGAAGAUGAUAAGUCGAUUAGACGAGGAUCUCAGCACUCUGGGUCAGAUGAGCAAACUGUCUGAGACCCUUAGCUUCCCACACCAGUCCCUCGACGAUGUAAUAAAGGAUCUGAUGGCGUCGGUGCACAGGGAGCUCUCAGAGAAGCAGUCUCUGGCCUUCAGCAUGACCUUCCUGCCCACCAAGCUGGAGUUCACCACAGCCUCCGCUGAGAGCAACUUCAUCUUUGAGUUCACCUCGCCUGAUACUCGGUCCAACUUUGAACAGGCCUUUGAAGACGCCAAGAAGAAGCUAGCAAUGAAUAAGGACCAGUGGGACCCAGAGUUCCUGAAGGCCAUUCCGAUUAUGAAGACACGUAGUGGAAUGCAGUUUUCGUGUGCCUCUCCCAGCCACAGCAGUCCUGACAGUGGCUGUGAGGUGUGGGUGUGUAACAGCGAUGGAUACGUGGGACAGGUGUGUCUGUUGAACAUUAAAGAUGAGCCAACAGUUGAGGCCUGCAUCGCUGUCUGCUCUGCGAGAAUCAUAUGUAUUGCUGCGGUACCAGGACUCAAGGGAAGGGAGCGUGGAUCAGAGCCCAGGCUGACCACUCCCUCCGGAGCACCUGGUCCGACCCAGCAGCAGCUCCAUAUAUCUAUCUCUCAUUCAUCUCUGGAGCUGACAGAGCGACCUACAGGACCAGGGGCGGAGCUUGUUCCAUUUGACAGUGAUGACACGGAUGACGAGGAUUCACCCAGCCCUUCCUCCACUCUACAGAGUCAGGCCAGUCACUCCACCAUAUCAUCCAGCUAUGGCAAUGACGAGGGCACAGGCUCAAAGGACAUGGCUACAGAGACUACCAGCAGUGAGGAGGAGCAGGAGUUCCCAGUGGCGAGCUCCUACGGAGCUCCGGGAAUAUUGGGGGUUGGAGGCGGAAGUCGCGCCCACACGGAGAGCCCUAUGGACGGCCGCGCCAUGCGCCGCUCCUCCCGGGGCUCUUUCACCAGGGCGAGCCUGGAGGACCUGCUCAGCAUCGACCCGGAGGCCUACCAGAGCUCUGUGUGGCUGGGCACAGAGGAUGGAUGCAUCCAUGUGUACCAGUCCUCGGACAACAUCCGUAACCGUAAGAACAGCAUGAAGAUGCAACACUCCGCCUCCAUCCUCUGUGUACUGUAUUUGGACAACAAAGUGUUUGUGUCCUUGGCCAAUGGAGAGGUGAUCGUCUAUCAGAGAGAAGCAGGUAGUUUCUGGGACUCUCAGUCUUCUCAGACGUUGGUUCUGGGCACGCCCAGUAGCCCUGUCACCAAAAUGGUUCCUGUGGGAGGAAAGCUCUGGUGUGGCUCACAGAACAGAGUCCUUAUCAUCAACACAACUACACUGGUACAAGAGCACUGGUUCCAGGUGGGCACAGACAGCAGUCGGUGCGUGACUUGCAUGGUAGCGUACGGUCAGGGUGUGUGGUUGGCGUUACAGGGCAGUGCACAGGUCAAACUGUACCACGCUCAGACCUUGGAGAGCCUGACAGAGGUGGACGUGGCACCUGCUGUGCAUAAGAUGCUUGCAGGUGCAGAUGCCAUCAUCAGACAGCACAAAGCUGCCUGUCUGAGAAUCACAGCGUUGCUGGCAUGUAAAGAUCUGCUCUGGAUCGGCACCAGUGCAGGUGUGGUCCUUACGCUGGUGAUCCCAGCAGUGAGCUCUGGAACUGGGACUGGCACACUGAAAUCUCCCCAGGUGCCGAUGGGCUCGGCUCAUGGACACACGGGCCAUGUUCGCUUUCUGACAUCAAUCGAACUACCUGAAGGGUUUGACAUGAACUUCCCUCCUAUGGCAACUGACUCCACAGGCAACCAAUCCCAAAGCGGCAGCACAGUUGAUGGGAACCUCCAAAGACGUGACUCUUCGCGUCGCCGAGCUUCUGCCCUCAUCCCUUCAAAAACCAACCACCUAGUAAUUUCCGGUGGCGACGGCUAUGAGGACUUCAGACUGACCAAUAGCAGUGAAACAAUCGGACGGGAUGACAGUACCAACCAUCUUUUGCUUUGGAAGGUCUGAGACGAUCAAACCCCGAUUAAAACAACCCACCCCUACUCCCUUUAUCUGAGAACUGUGCACCUUUUGCCCACCGGAUUCCUCACUUUUUGGUGUUGAUGUUUUGGUCUUCUGCUCAGUCCACCGGUCUCUAUGUGCACAAUAUGGCUUUCAACUCUCCUGGCCUUACUUAUGAAUAUGAUCACUUCAAAGCCAGUUUUCUUGUGUUAAUAUUUCUGAUGGUGUGCUUUGUACCUCACUAAGUAGUGUCUGUGCCUGUGUAGUUGUUUGCACAUAAUGUCUAGCAGAGUGUCUUUAAACACAAGUCAUUACUGAAGGAGACAGACGAAGACUGAGAAGGGGAGAAUGAAACUUUCACACAUGUAUGUAUGUUUAAACUGAGAACAAGUGAAGAAGAGAAAGACAGAAGAGGACUUGGACUCUGCAGAAUGUCAUUGCACAGGAGGUUGAAAGAAGACAUUUAAGUGACACAUGUACUUUUUUUGGACUUGGACAUCAACCCUUUACUCCAUCAUUACUUCAUUUUAACCUGAAGUUCAGACACAAUUCCUUCAGAUGAUCAGAGGGAAAUGUCAUGUAAAAAUAUAUGAAUGGAAACUAUGUAUAUAGUAAAACAUACCAACACAGGCUGUAGUUUGAUGGAUAUUCUGGAUUGGCAUCCAGUUCUACAACUACAGUAGAGCUCUUCUUGGAAGAGAGGUUCACUUGACACUUGUGAGCUUUUAAAGGAGUAAAAGACAAAGUAUUCUUGUCAUCUGGACAACACCCCCUAAUGGCAGAUCUGAGGACAGACAUUUCUGGUCCUACAGUAGUAGGGUUGUAAUAAAAUCUACUCCAAGAUCAUUGCUUAUAGAUGUGAGACUUCUGAAAUAAUCCUCUCUCCUGUAGAGGGAGAGUGAAUUUCAUUAAAGUGCAAUAUGUGGCAAGGGUAUCUUAACAAGGCACAUGCACACAGUCACACACACAUUAAUGCACAGCUUUCACUCACUCAAGAAGAUAUUUGUGAGAAACAUAAAUGUGUGUUUUCCACAGAUAAUCAAUUUGUGUCCAAUUUUCUUAUUUAGUUUUUUGUUGUCAGUUUAAGAUGACGUGAGCGUAGAUGAUGCACGCUACUGGAGUUGAGUAGAAAAAAAAAAUGGAUUGGAGACGUUUCUCCUUAACAUGACUAUGCCAAAGCCUUGUAUGUGUUACAGUUUUGACAAUAAGGGAUCUGAAAAGAUUCUGUUUGCCAUGAAAUUUCAGUUUGUUGAGCAGAAAUCAGGAGCUGGUGUUAGUGACUUCUAGGACACUAUGCUGUGGUAGCAGAUAACGACAGUUAUGUACAGUAUUUAUGGUUUUGUUUUUAGCGCCUUCUUUUACAGCACUUAAUUUAUAGAAGAUUUAGCUUUCACCUUUUGUUUUUGAAUUGAAGAACAUGGAGGCCCUGGCUUGAUUAGCGGAAUCGAUUUAUGGGUGUUGUUUGGUUCUGGCACACAGACCUACAUAGCAAGGGUGUAACAAUGCAGUUCACUCAUGGUUCGGUACGAUGAACAAUACAGGGUUUUUGUUUCGGAGUUGUGUAACUCCAUAAAUGUAGGGAAACAUAUCCAGAAAGGAGAGGGUCUGAAGGUAUUUUUGUAUCUACUCAUCUACUGGCUGUUUGUGAGCAAAAGACCCAGACUGCAAUCCAGUCCCAAAAUUCACCUCAAGUCUCCUAACGCAGCUCGAUCCUCAUCAACACAGUCACUCUGUUGCCUGUUUGGGUGCCCAAUGCAAAGAUUUGCUAAUUAUUUGAACUAUUUUUCAGCUCCACAGUGCAUAUUGUGGUAUUUUUUGUCACAGGAAAUAUAGCGCUAAGAUGUACUGUUCCACCCUAAUGUACGAACACUGAUUUCAGUAUUGACUGAUGGAGAACAAAAUGCAUGUGGUUUAUUUUUUAGGUCAGAAGGAAUGCUGAGUACUUUCAGAGAGCUAAAAGUUAAGCCAUUACACACACACACACACACACACACACACACACAAGGAAGUUAGCUCUCCCUUGUAAUACAGCAGAUGUCUGAAGGAAGUGAAUAGUGACCCUGACUUGUCCGUGCACACACUCACAUGUUAGCCUUAGGAUUUGAUUGUAAAGGCUGCGAUUGUCUUUGAUCCCUCCAAGCCUGAAAAACCUCACUGCACUUUGCCAGCCAUCUGGGCACUUCACCUCAGCUUUCCCCUAUUGCCAACACAAUUUUAUUAGGUUGGCUCUCCCACUGUUCAAGCAGUUAACAGUUCAGAGGAUUUGGUCUAGCUAGUGCUCUUUGCCUCUGUACGUGUGUGUAAGUGUGUAAGUGUGUGUGUGUGAACGUUUUAAAAGGACAGUUAGCUUGUGGUAGCAUGUGAAGAAUACAGCAGAGAGUGGUUCAAGAAUUUUAGCAGCUGUUACAGGACUAAUUCAGCAUAAAAUAAAAAAUAAAACUGCUUAUUCGGUUUCUUGUUGAGACUCAAAAAGAUAGACACCCCUCUCACGUCUGUACGGUAAAUAUUGAACCACAGCCAGAAGCCAUUUAGCUUAGCUUAGCUUAGCUUAGCAUAGUACAAAGACUGGAAGCAGGGAAAUGGCUAGCCUGGCUUCUUCCAAAGGUACAAAAUAAACAGUGAUAGUGGUAUAAAACCUCUAAGCUAACAAAAAUGUUAAUACAGUUAGUUCCCAUGAUGUUCAAUUAUUCCCUUACCGUCCUCUAAAGUUAAGGUAGCAGAUAAGUGUUUUUUUUAUGUUCUGUAGAUUGACAACAAAAUGAAUGUGUGUUCUUGUGCCAAGACCUGAAAAUGCUGUAUAUCUAUGCUGGCUGUAGAGUAAUGAAGCGCCCUGACAAAUGGAGUUAGAAUGUUUCCUGUGAGAAAUUGAGGGGAGGAACAUCUGAGAGCCAGCAUCUCUAGAGCAGCGUUUGUAAAACUCUGAGUUGGGCAGCAAAACAGGGUAGCAGCACCUCGAUGGUGGGUCCCCACUUUACUGAAUCUUUAGUGGAUCAAUGAAUUUUCUCAGUUUUCUGGGCUGAAACCGCUACCAUGGUUAGAGUCAGUAACUUUCAAUAUAGCUGAUUCAGAAAGUCUGUAGAUUUUCUUUUAAAUCAGAAAACAUAUUUGCCUUGAGAAUAUACUAUUAUGUUUCCUUGGUAGUUUCAUAAGAAUGGUUGACUGUGUAAUUCUGUUUUCAGCGGGUGCAUUUUAGGUUCUGAGCCCAGUGGGUUGACUUAGACUCUUUUUAUUUUACGGACAUACAAGCAUCCACACAAACACGCCGUGUCUUAGAAUUAAAAUAGUGAUGCUAAUUUGACCCAGAUUGAGAGAAUGACGCAUGUUGAAGAUUUAAACUUAAUUUUUGCCAUCACAUCAAACUCAUUCUACCGUCACUGUAAUAAUCCACAGCAGACUUGUAAGUCACAUCCCCAUGUCUGUAUGUGAAAGAAGUCUUUAUUGUUGUAAAUAUUGGUAUAUAUUGCCUUUUUUGUAAAUAGUGCACCCACAUGGUCCUCAAUUGUUGAUAUGAAUCUAAUGGCAUAUUUUUAUAUAUUUGUGUAAGGUUUGUUUUUGUUUGUAUCCCUCCCUUCCCUUCUUCCUCUCUGGCAUGCGCUGUCAGUGACAUUUAAAUUAUAACUGUCAUAGAUCUUUCCAAAAGAAAGAUGGCCACUUGUUGCCAGGGUGACCUAAAGGUAGAAUUUUGGCAUGGAUGUGUUUACUGGUAGCCAUAUUAGCUCCAAACUGUAUCUUUGCCUUGUUACGGAAAUCUACACAGGAAGGAACACAACCUUGUCCCAACUCUGUUAAUCCCUGAAUCUGGUUGCAGUUGUCAUGGUUACAGUCUAUCAGAGUUAACUGUAUGUAGUUGUACUCGUUUAGUCACUGUGGGUUCCUCUUUGUAAUUAAAUCAGUUCACUGGUGCCG